AUGGGGCUCCAGUAUACUGUGCAGUACAAGAAAGGUGUUCUCAAUGGGGCUGCAGACGCAUUGUCCAGGAAGCCUGUCCAUUCCUCACCAUUGAUGGUAGCCACUGUGGUGCAACCUGAUUGGCUUGACAAGGUCGUCGACAGCUAUAAGGAUGACUCCUACACUUCUCAGCUUAUACAGAAGUUGAUAAUUGAUCCCCAGUGUGACCCCCUCUUCUCAUUGUCCAAGGGAGUACUCAGAUACCAAGGCAGAAUUUGGAUUGGCCCAGACAAGGAAUUGCAACACACUAUUAUCUCUGCGUUCCAUGACAGUCCAGUGGGAGGACAGGUUAUGAGGUACCUUCUCGACCACGGCGGUGACCCUGCGAUGCCUGACGAGAUGGGCUCCACGCCGCUGCACUUUGCAGCAGUGGAAGGGCACUGUGAGGCUGCAAGGCUGUUGCUGUCCAAAGGAGUUCCUGUGGAUCUUGUUAAUUAUUGUGGGGCGCCAUUACACAUUGCUGCUUUUAAUGAUCAUGUUGAGGUUGUGAAGGUUCUGCUGGAGCAUGCUGCUGAUCUCAACAAAGUGUCCCAUCACUUUGCUUCACCCCUCCUGUUGGCUUGCUCUGCGAAGUCCUUGAAAUGCAUCAAGCUACUGAUUGAGGUUGGUGCUGAUGUGAAUGCUCCACCUGGUUACCCUGCAUCAGCUCCUUUAAUACAAGCAGUUAAAAAUGGCUUAACCGAGAUUGUCAAGUUGCUUCUAGAGGCUGGAGCUGACCCUAACACUCCUAACAUGGGUGGAAUCUAAUUAAAUAUCUCCUGAGAUACAACUACAAUAUAUAUUUUGUUCAUGUUCAACUAAAUACUGUACAGUAGGUUUUAUUCAAGUGCAUCUGUGUGGGUAUCCGUCAGUGUUUCAGACUUGGGAAGACAUCCCAAGUUUGCAGCUCUAGUGCUAAGUGGAAUAACAGGUCUUACAUAUCUCAUCUCAGAAUCAUGUUACUAGUAGGUUCCUCCAGGUCUAGUGCUAAGUUUGCAGCUCUAGGCUCUACUAGCAAUAACUUCUUAUUUUUAGGUGUUCUUCCGAGUCCAUGUACUAUGGUUCAAGAAGGGUAACUGUGUCUAGU